CGCGAGCUGAGGUGAGUCGCCGCAAGUGGGAUGAUUUCGGGAUUGUGAACUUCUGGGGCUGUUGGGAAGGAAUAUAUACAAAGCUGAGGGCAAAAACCGUGACAAGGACGCCCGAGUUACCUGCGAUCCAGGUUUAUUUUGUUCUGAGAGGGUAUUUUUGCCCAGUUCAGAGCGGACACCUGCAACGUUCAAACUGUCAAACAUCGGACACCUGGGGUCAUCGAGUGACGGGGCUCGAAGGGCGAACCGAGCAGGACUUAGCUCCACCGCGCUGCUCGUUGAGCAGUGAAGUGAACUUCUGACCCUCUGGAGUUUGAAGGGCAGAGCCUGGCCUCACGAUGUCCGCGGACCGCUAUUCCUCUUUGGACGAACCGGCCCUCAGGAAACUGCUUGAAGUGACAGAUGACUUUGAUGAACGCAGACUUAUUCGUUCCACAAUUUAUGAACUAGGGAGGAAAGAAUUGAAAAGAACAGAGGAAGCAUUAUCGUCCAAACGUUUUCGUUCUGAAAGAACAAAUAAAUGCCUUGAAAACAAGGAAAAUCAUUUACGAUCUCACAGACAAGAAGAAGAUCAGAAAGGGUCCUUAGAUAAGCUUUCAGGAAAACUAGAGUCCAUUGAUGACAUUGAUGAGCUAACAACAUUGCUCCGAAGUGCAGCUGAAUAUGAGGAACGUAAAUUAAUUAGAGCUGCUAUGCGUAAACUCCGUGAACGGGAGAUUGAAGUCUUCACAGCAGAGGACACAUCUAACAUGCAAAGGAGAGAUGUUACAGAUGCGAUGGGAGCUGCAUACAUCCGGGACAGGCCAAUUGGCAGACCUGUCCAUAAUGGAGCACAGGAAAUUGCAAAAACAUCGUCUACGUACCAGUGUGACAUCCUACCACAAACAAUGCGUUCAAGCAAGGAACACUUGGCAAAAUGCGAGGAGAAUUUUCUUCGACCAGUGGUAGCGGAAGCUGAGGACCUGGAACCCAAACCGAAGAUACGAGCACAGAUCCAAGAUCUUCAGAAUCAGAACAGUGGUCAAAGUGAGCUUGAUGAAAUGGCCUCGGGUAUGGUUGUUCUCCUUGAUCCACUGAAAAAUAUUGAUGAUAGUUCAGUGAAAUCGCUUCAAGCAUCUGGACUGAGAACAGAAUCCUCUGGUUUGGCCCCUUGCAUCUGUAGCACAGAUUUUGACUGGGGUUCUGAGAGCACUAAGGAUUCUCCUAGAGGACCGACAGCUGAAAAUACUGGGAGCACAUCCAAAACCCACUGGACAAUUAAAACGCAACAUCAUGAAGCAUUGCAGAAAACAUUUGACAACUCAUCAAGCAUAGCAGAAGAUGACGAUGGAAAGAAUAAAAAUGCUGAUCUUAGAAAAAACGGUUGUCCCUCUGCUGGCAACAAUAAGAACACCUUUGCACCAAAGAUGGAGUCAGCAAUUCCCCAGGCAGAGAUAAGUUCCCAGAAUGGUGUCCAGAAAAGGCUACAUUCUGACAUAAAUGACAAUAUCCCUUCAACUACAAGGGUAGCCAGGGAAAAGAAACAAGGGGAGACCUGCUUCACAAAUGAUAAAAUGAUCACAUACAAAGCUCAGAUGGCAAAGAACGUAGCAACUCAGUCCAAGCAGAAAGAGUUAACUGAUGUCGCAUAUGAUACUUGCUUGAACACCUCACCUUUCAGGAGAGCUAACUCAGUACGAGACAGAAUGAAAAAGUUUACUGCAGAUCCGUCCAAACAAUCUUCUGAACUAGGUACAAAUUUUUCGACUCAGAAGAGAAACCAGCCAAAUGAGAACAGAAACAGCAGAAUUUUGCUACAUCAGCAGUCAUUCCCGGGCAGUCCCACACUGAAAAAUAAAGAAUCUGUAACUCCAGGCCUAGAAAUGACUUUAAAAGGGAACUCUGUUGAUUUUAGGAAUAUGCAGCAAGUGGACAAGUUGACAGAAAAAACAGAUAAACAGGAUGAAUACUUAACGUCCAGUAAAAAUAAAAAACUCAUAAGCUCAAAUAAAAAAAGUGGAUUAGAGCGGGAUAGGUCAACCUCACUGAGGGAGCAGCCAUUCAGCUCCGAACAAGUGGAUGGAAAGGAUUCAUCAAAAUCUUGUAAUAGGUUGACUUGCAGCACUGCCAAAUCCAACUUUACAACUCCUGAGGUACAACCUCAGGGCUGCUCUAGGACAACAUUUUCCUUGUUAAGUCAUCCAAUCACAUCUGGAGUUACUGUGAAUGGAUCAAGUAAAUCAAUAUUACCCACAUUAGAGAAAGAUUGCAACAAGAAAUCUCUAAUGCAAAAAACUGCUACUGAUAAGUCAUGCAUCCAGAUUCCAGGGAGGAGCAACGUAAGCAAAUCACAAACAAAGCAGCUUGCGUCAGAGAAAGACUUCAGUAAAACCCAUACAGACAGCUCAGUGCACUUAGAGCAACCCCGAUCUACUCAGCCCUCAGAUCCUCCUGCCACAUCAAACAGACACUUGCAACAAAGCUUAAUCAGACAAUCUGAGAAAGAAAAGCAACUGAACAACACCGAAAACAGCAUGAAGACACUUAUGACAAUUGAAAUUAAGGAUGGACGGAACCCCAAUCUUGUUACUACGCGGAUCUCUGGCACACCUUCCUCACAGAGAGGAGAGCUGACAUUUGGUUUGAGAGCUACACCUUUCAGAAUGUUGGGUCCGAGUGGCGUCAUGAUGGAGACAGAGCCAGUCAAAGCCCAGACACUACAGUUUGAGGCUACUGUUCCCAAUGGGGUAGAGGAGAAAGAAAAGGAGAAUGCCGAUGAGAAAAGUAGCACAACCAUUCAAGAAGAUCUGAGUGCUAUUGAAGAUGAAGAGGUCCUAGACAAAAUGCUUGAUGCAACAACAGACUUUGAGAAAAGGAGGUUGAUUCGAGCUGCAAUGAGGGAGCUUCGGAAAAAGAAAAGAGAUGAACGAGAAAAGGAACGUGAAAUGAGACUACAAGAAUUGAAACAGAAAUCAGAAGAUGCAAAGAAAACAAAGUCUUCAAAUACUGCUGAAAUGACUGUAUCCAAAACAGAAAAAUCUGCAGAUGGCAAGACUGUUACCUCAAUGUCAAAGACUGAAAGAAUCACCCAAUCAGAUGGUGGCAACAGAACUUUGCAAACAACAACUGUGGAAUCCAGCGUCAUGAAGAAAACUGAUGGAGGAACAUCUGUCAUCCAGACUAAGACCUCCUUCAGUUCCAGCAGCAGUACAUCCAAAAAGGUUGGCAGUAUUUUUGACAGAGAAGACAAUACAAGAUCUAGCAGUGUAUUAGCACUUGAAAGGAAACAGGCUGAGAAAAGGAAAGAGGUGUUGAGGUCACAGACGUUGCCACGGACUUCAGGAUCACAGGCACGAAAGGCAUUGAUUGAGAAACUAGAAAAAGAAGGUGGAAGUCCUGGAAAUCCAGCCAUUGCCAAAGUGAAAGUGCAGAGAUCUGCAAGCUGUGGUGUACCAAAUGCUAAUAGUAUUAAGCAGAUGCUGCUCGACUGGUGCAGAGCUAAGACACGUGGUUAUGAGCAUGUCGCUAUCCAGAACUUCUCCUCCAGCUGGAGUGAUGGGAUGGCUUUUUGUGCUUUGGUUCAUAACUUCUUCCCUGAUGCCUUUGAUUAUUCAGAACUGAAUCCCAGCAACCCCAGGCACAACUUCGAGGUAGCAUUCACAAUGGCAGAACAGGUAGCUUCCUGUGAUCCCCUCAUUGACGUAGAAGAUAUGAUGAUAAUGCGCAAAAGACCCGAUCCUAAGUGCGUCUUCACCUAUGUUCAGUCCCUGUAUAACCAUCUACGAAGGUACGAGUAACAGGACCUGGGAGAUAGAAGGCAGAGUGUCUUGUAUUUCUGUUUAUAAAAUAUAUCCACAGCUUGCCUGUGUUUUCAGGCAAUUGUCAAAAGACAUGUACAGACAUGAGUCACUACGUACUGCAUUUGCAUGCUUGGAUUUCCUUUCUUUUAGUGCAAACAGACAAGGGUGAAGAUCCUAGGGUGAUGUAUUAUUCAUGUUAUGUGUUCUAAAGAAUUCUAGCACAUGACUAUUUUUAUCUCCAAAUCAGGAAAAGAAAUCUUAUAUAUGUACUGAGAAAGAAUCUUUAUAUUGUAUAAUCAUCCACCUACAUAUUUGCAGAGUAUUAUAGCACUGAAGUAAGGCACAAAGGCUGCACAACAGUUUUUAGCAUUAGAGAAAGGAAAAUUGGAUAUAAUGAUUUUUUAAAUUAUGCAGCACAUCAUUUUCUCUCACCUCUCAUUCCGCCAGCAUCACUCAUCACCCAACAGGCAUAUCUAGAAGCAGUAAAAGGUAAAUUCAAAUCAAGUGGCUUAUCACUUCAUUCUGAUACACCUCUUUUGCAGUGCAGUGUACAGUUAUUCUGUCAUUUUCACUUUUGCAAGGUAGCUUCUGUGUUGUACAAUUAAAAUUAAUUUUGAAAUUAUAUUUCAUUGUUCGCAUCUGCAGAAAAAUGUUGUACUUUAGGAAGAUAAAGGGAAGUGUGCAUGUCAUUUGGUUAUAAUACUAAAAAUUUCAGUAUUCCUGUCACCAAUAAAAUUAGUAGCUAACUUAAUUGCUGUUUGGGAGAGAAAUUGGUAAUCAGCACUUAGCGCUUGCAAAGGCAUCAAUAUCACUUGGAUUGUACCUGUUAGAUUAGUUCCAUUGACUUUGUUGAAUCUCUAUGUGCUGAGAUAAGUCCAACCACCAGGUGAUACUUGCACAUGUAACAAGUCUAACAGUUAAUUUUCCCCAUUUUAUUAAUACAGCCUACUGCAUGCUUGAGUAUUUGAUAGAAAAAUGUAACAACUAACGACCAGAGUAGAAUGGAGAAUGUCACUAUGUUGUUGCAAAGCCUAUACACGGAGUAUCUGAAAAUUUCUCAGCAAAUGUAGACUGUAUAGCUUAUAGAGCAUUACAGCAUGGUUACAGGCGCUUUGGCCCAAUGAAUCUGUGCCGCUCAUGUUGCCCUGAUUUUCAGCCGACAUCCCUCCAGGCCCCUCCCUUCCAUGUAUCUCUUCAAGUGCUUCUUAAAUGAUCCUAUUGUACCUGCUUCACCCACUUCUUCUAGCAGCUCAUUCCAGAUACUCACCAUCCUCUGUGUGAAUAAACUGUCUUUUUUAAACUCUCGCACUAAUCCAUGCCCCAUAGUUUUGGACUCCUCCACCCUGGGGAAAAGGCUGUUACACCUUAUAUAUGCCUCUCAUGAUGUUAAACACUUGUCUAAAUUCACUCCUCAUUCUCCUUCAUUCCAAGGAAUAAUGAGCUAACCUGGCCAACCUUGCUCUUUAACUCAAGUUUUCUAGUCUUGGAGGUGGGAGAAUGAGUAAUUUGCUGUGGAUAGGCAAAUAGACUGAUAGUGCAUAUUAUGGAGACUCCAUUCUUUGGGUAGAUUUUGCAUUGCACAUUAUUGCAAUAGUUCUGGUAAAUUUAAAUAUUGCUCAUUUCCUGAAGCAUGUCAAUAGCCAGGUUUUAAAAUAAUGGGUCAGCCACUCUGGAGCAAGAUAUUGAGAAAUUUCUUCGCCCAGAGAACAGAGCAUCUUUGGAAUUCUUUACCCAAAGUUGUGGAGGUUCAGUAGCCCAGUAUAGCCAAAGUUGUGAUGUAUAGAAUUUUGGAUGUUAUGAGAGUUGUGUAAGAAAAUGGCACUCAGGUAAAAAAAAAGGAAUAGCCAUGGUAGAGAAAGUGUAAGCUUUCUAAUGGCCUGCUUAUACUUAUCAACUUUAUAUUUUGCUCAUGAUUGUUAGCUCUGCUUAGAACUUUUAGGAGAGCAAGUGACAAAUUAUUUUUAAAGUUGUACUUUAAAAUAUUCCACUGUCAAGCCAGGUAAAUAAUUAAUACUGAUAAUAUUGUAAAACAGUAUGGUGUCUUUUCACAUCUCCAAAGAAAGAAAGAUGAUUGCACGUAAUUAAAUAAAAUCUUUUUUUAAUAUAUAAAUUGAGGAAAUAAUGCAAAUAUGAUAAAUCAGAAAUAAUAAUCGUAGACAUUGAGCAAUCAACACCUGUAAGAAUUGUGACAAAAAGUACACCCAAAAUAUUAACCAGACUCUCACUUGCAACACGUUAUCCUACCCAUUCCCGAAGACCAGGACCGCCCAUGCACUACCCACCAUUAAUUCCUGGAGUGAGAGGGGCUGGAAGAUUUAUGACUGGCUUAACUACAAUUUCCGAUUCUAGUACUAUGCAAAUGUGAAAUUCUGUUCAGCAAGUUAUGUAAUAAAGCGAUCACUCAUCAUGUUGUGCAGCUUUGGUGAUAUUUUUAAACCAUGGACCUUUUUUUUAAAGUUUGCUGGUGCAAAACAGGAGUAAGCUGAGAUAUUCAUAGUACAUGUAGCGUAUAGGCAGAAAGAUCACACCAUUCACAAACAUGAGAUUCUGCAGAUGCUGGAAAUCUAGAGCAACACACACAAAAUGCUGGAGGAACUUAGCAAGUCAGGAGGGGAAUGAGUAGUUAACGUUUUGGGCUGAGACCUUUCAUUAGGACUAAUCCAUAGAUCAGGACCCCUCCAUAAAAGCUGCCUGACUUGCAGAGUUCCUCUAGCAUUUUGUGUGUGUAUGUGUUACACCACUUCACAAACUACCUACCUGCCCACUCCCUUAGGCAUUGUGCUGAACUACAUAUACCUGUCUGGACAUGCCCCCCCCACCCCCCCCGGCUGACUGCUCCUGUGGCUCCUCCCAAAGACCCCUGUAUAAAGGCGAUUGGAGGCACUGCUCCUCCCUCAGUCUCCAGGAUGUUGUGUGGUGGUCUCUUGCAGCUAAAAAAAAGCCUAUCGUUCGCCUCCCGUCUCCGAGAGUUAUUGAUGGUGCAUCAGGCAUCUCCUGCCUUAUCUGUAGAGAAAUCUGUGGUUCCCACAUUGGCUUCAGCAGUCACCCCAGAACCCACGGAACUAGAGUGGAAACGAGAGUUCCUCAAUCCCAAGGGUGUUUAAGAAGAACAUGGAGAUGCGACACUACACUUGUGCUCUACUCUGGAAAUUCAUUGCAUUUGAAGCCAGUGAAAUGAAUUUCAGAGGUAGAAGACUAAUUUAACUAUACAAGUACAUUAUAGAUAAAAAUCUUUAAUGCUUAAAUCAGCUUCUUCAAUUACAUUAACUAAAAGAAAAAAAAAUGACUCCCAUGGUCUGAUACUUUUAAUAAUCACCAGUAUCAUAAGCAAAUAAUUACACUCAGACAUUUCAAAUAAUAUCAAGGUUUCUGUCACCUUGUAGUAGAGGGUUCAAAUCCCUGACACUGUUUAUUGAAGCAAGAAUGCUGCAGGCUCUGGUUUUCAAAUUACUCAAAAUCAGCUUGGUGUGUUUCUCUCUGUCAAGGGUAUUAUAUGUGUGUGUUUUAAAUAAUCUACACAGGGCAGACUGACCUUUGCAAACCACAUGCAUAUUCAUUGUAGAUAUUAGUGCCACAUUUUAUAUAUUAAAAAAAAACAGUGCAAUGUUUCUAUAUGUAACUGUAUGAAGAAAACUGCCACGCGCAUGUGUAUGUCUGUAUAAAUAUUUUUAUUGUCCAUUUGGACUAUGUUUUCUUAUUAAAAUUAGCAUUGAGCUUGC